AUGGAAGACGAUGAGCUAGCAGCAAUUAGAGCCAAGCGAAUGGCUCAAUUAAAGGGUUCAAGUGGUGGUGCUCCUGCUGGAAUGACUGGCCUCCCACCUGGCAUGAACAUCCCUGGCAUGACUGGUGGUCAGGGCCAAGGAAAUCAAGCAGAGGAUGCUGAAAAGAGGAAGCAGAUGGAGGAAAUGAGGAGGACUAUGCUAGUACAAAUACUUGAUAAUGAUGCGAGGGAACGAUUGGCACGAAUCUCAAUAGUGAAACCAGACAAGUCAAGAGCUGUAGAAGAUUUGAUUAUUCGAAUGGCACAAACAGGACAGCUACGCUCCAAAGUCAACGAAAAACAACUAAUCGACAUGCUUGAACAAAUAAACUCGUCCUCAAAACCUGAAACCAAAGUCAAGGUGGCUCGUCGCCGUGACGAUGACGAUGAUGAUGACGAAGAUUAUGGGUUUUGA